UCGCUCAGAGUUUACGAGUAACAGUGAUGUCGACUUUAUAAUCUGACUUCAACCAAAUGGCUAACGUGGCUCAUAUAUUCCUUUCACGCCAAGUCACCCGUGUUUUACUCCUCAUUUCCUUGGCUCGCACUCAAAACAUUAUUGUUUUCCAGCCGUCACGUGUCACUGCGACUGGACCAACCAUCACCGCCCUGUUGCUCGGAGGCCCGUCGGACAUAUCUCUGAAUCUGAGGACAGUGUCUCCAUCCAACACAACAGGACGCAUUAGUUCUCCAUCGUGUGGGAGUGAUGUAACACAGUGGGUGCUCACAACGGAGCAGGUGGGAAAGAAUGCAGUUCGGGUUCAGCUGAGACUGGAAAGAAAUCUGCGCUUGUGUGGCGAGAAUACGACCGACACAGACUGCUGUCCAAAGCCACUGUGUGUCCUGGAGACCCUUCAGGUGUCUGCCUGUGUGAGCGGUACACCUCAGGCAUCACUGCUGAUCCAGGCCAAGAUUUACGCCCUGUUGCUUCCUGCAAAUGCUGGAUCUGAUAAUAAAACGGUCAUUCCAAACCAAGUGUACCAGCCCAUGGGCUCCUGUCCCUGUGACCUCACAUUCAGAGCGUGUGAUGUACGAUGCUGCUGUGAUAAGGACUGUUCCAUUGAGGAUUUGAAGCUGUUUGUUUCCCACUGUCUCCCCGGGCCCUUUGGUGGACGGGUCUCUCCUACUCCAGAUUAUCACUGCUCUGUGCAGUCCUCUGAAAACUCCCCAGAUUGGUUUCCCUUUUUAUGUGUCAACUCUCCACCUGAAAACAACCCUUACCUUGGGCUCUUUUACCAGGGAAAGAAAAUCACGUCUAAACCUGGCCCAUCCUUCCAAAGCCCUGUUUUGUCAGCUCCACUGCCAGUGAGUGCUUAUAUUCAAGGAAGUCCCAUUUUCUCAUUAAGUGACCAGUACUUUACUAUUCCACAGAAGGUGCUUGGGCAGUGUGUGAACAGUGCUCCUGUAGCAUUUUUGAAAAAUGUCAACGUUGAGUGUGUAACUGUGCUCCGCUCCUGUCCAACUGGAUUUCCCUUACGGACGUCAACAUCAGAUCUGAGUUCUAAAGUGAAGAAUGGGCACGGGGCUGACCUUGUAGUGGAUGUAAUUGAUGAAGUGGCCAUCGACAUGAGUCUGUUUAUUUCAAGCACAGAUGCCACUUCGGAUGAGGGGCUGGUAUGUGAGAACGUGACCUUAGCGCUGGAUUACAAAUUCUACUGGAAGGGAAAUGGCAUUACAAAUAUCACACUGACUCGCAUCGUUGGGGCGAUCACUUUGAAUAGAAGUGUGACGUUAACUUCAAGGUAUUCUGCCGUGUUUCUAAAUGGAGAGUUAAUGGGUGAACCCAACUCCGGGAACCCAGGUUAUCAGGUGGGAAGGCCUGUUAUUGCUGGAACUCUGGACCUUUUGGACAAUAAUACAGGCUCAGUACAGAGGACGCCAAUCAAUGUUUGGAAACCAGUAAGUGAUGGACUUUGUUCCACUGCUGAGAUGAAACCUGUUCUGUUUGGGGAGAAUUCAACAUCGGGAUGUCUGCUCCCUGUCAGCCGACAGAAUCUGACCCAGUGUGAACUCCUGAGAGAGGCUGUUACUGCUCUCCAGGCUGCUUUGAUUACAGCCACAUAUGUGGCAAAGAGUGGAAAUCCAAAUCCUCUAACAAUGACGGACUGGGUGAACAUAAGCUUUGUGACACUGAACUCAAGCACAACUAUGGAAGACACCACCAGUUCCUGCCAUGGGGUUCCAUCCCACCAGCAUAUCCAUGUUUGGAGUCGUAUCACUGGCAUGGUACAAGGCAUACCUCAAAGGGAUAUCUGUGUUUUGCAAGUUAGCUUCACCCUGUCCCCCUGGACACUGGAUUGUGGAGGAGGGGAUGUCUCUCCAUGUAUGAACCCAUUGGAGACUAAGUUGUUCCCGAUCACCUCCUCAGUCACCUUUACUGACAUUCCCAUCAACUCAGGACCACCAAAAACCAGGUUUCAGGUGAACUUCACAGAGUAUGACUGUAACAGGAAUGAUGUGUGUUGGCCUGAGCUUGCCUUUCCUAUGACAAAGUAUUACACAGGUGAGCCAUAUUCUCAGUCAUUGGCUAAAGGCCUCAUCUUAGUUUUCUUCUUUAUCACUGCCUCAAUUCUUGGGACUCCAUGGAGACAGAUCCGACAGGCAUGGACCUAGUGCCACUCUCUAAAACCUUGGGAGAGUGAGAGGCUAAACAAGAGGAUGUAUUUGAAUGUCACUGAAAUGUAAAUACCCCUUUUUACAUCAGGCACUUUAUAUAUUUAUAUAGUUUUUACAUGUUUAUGAUAUAUUUGCAGAAUGUAAAUUGUUCUAUUGGUGCAUCAUUUUGUAAUAAAAAUAUUUUUUUCAA